UGGUUUUUGUCAGGUUUGAACUCGAGUCCAGGCUCCUUUUCGUUGAAGUUUCUCUUGCAAUCGGGGCCUCCGCGAAUGCGUGGUCCGGCCCCACGGCACUACGGUCGACAGCCAAUAGGCACAAAAGGGCAAAGGCGAGAGGCCGACUUUGCGAUGACGAAGGCGUACGGGAACCCUAGAACGAAUCGUUCACAGCUGCGACCCCACGCUCCCACCGCUUCCGGGACCAGACCCGCCCCUCGGGCGAGCGUUCCGUAUUUCCGUCUCUAUGGUACCAACUUCCGCCAUCUCGCGAGACUCCGGCGGCUCAGCAAUGGCGAGACCAUGCCGCGUCACUGCUCCGCCGCCGGCUGCUGCACUCGGGAUACGCGCGAGACGCGAAAUCGCGGCAUCUCCUUCCACAGACUUCCCAAAAAGGACAACCCAAGGCGAGGCUUGUGGCUGGCCAAUUGCCAGAGGCUGGACCCCAGCGGCCAGGGCCUAUGGGACCCAGCAUCCGAGUACAUCUACUUCUGCUCCAAACACUUCGAGGAGAACUGCUUUGAGCUGGUGGGAAUCAGUGGGUAUCACAGGCUGAAGGAGGGGGCAGUUCCCACGAUAUUUGAGUCUUUCACCAAGUUGCGCCGGACAACCAAGACCAAGGGGCACAGUUACCCACCUGGUCCCCCCGAUGUCAGCCGGCUCCGGCGAUGCAGGAAGCGCUGCUCUGAGGGCCGAGGACCCACAACUCCUUUUUCUCCACCUCCACCUGCUGAGGUCACCUGCUUUCCUGUGGAAGAGGCCUCGGCACCUGCUGCUUUGCCAGCCUCCCCUACUGGGAGACUGGAGCCUGGCCUCAGCAGUCCCUUCUCAGACCUCCUGGGGCCUCUGGGUGCCCAAGCAGAUGAAGCAGGCUGCAGCGCCCAGCCCUCACCAGAGCGGGAGCCAGAGCGGCAGCCGUCCCCUCUCGAGCCGCGGCCUGUCUCACCCUCAGCCUACAUGCUGCGCCUCCCACCACCCGCUGGAGCCUACAUCCAGAAUGAGCACAGCUACCAGGUGGGCAGUGCCCUGCUCUGGAAGCGGAGGGCUGAGGCUGCACUCGAUGCCCUGGACAAGGCCCAGCGCCAGCUGCAGGCCUGCAAGCGACGGGAGCAGCGACUGCGGCUGCGGCUCACCAAACUACAGCAGGAGAGGGCGCGGGAGAAGCGGGCACAGGCAGAUGCCCGCCAGACUCUGAAGGAACAUGUGCAGGACUUUGCCAUGCAGCUGAGCAGCAGCAUGACCUGAGUGAGGGGCCACUGGACCCACUGCUGACGGGGGGCUGCCUGUCAGGGCUCCAGCCUCUUCCUCAGAAUUCACCUGGAAAGGGACCUGCUUUGAGCCGCAUCCACCAGACCUACCAGAUGCCAUAAUAAAGUGGGUUCUAGGAAGCCCUAUAUCUGGUUCA